UUUCCAUGCCUAUAUAAACCAGUCUCCUCCCGUCACCAAUUCCAAGCAAGUAAGCAAGCACAACAAGCAAGUACGCAAAGCAUCUUACAAGUGGCUCUUCUAGCUCACUGUCAUCUCCUAUAAUUUUUCUCUUCCAACAAGUCGAUCUUAAGUUCCUUUUUUCGCGAAGCCGAUCGCGAAGAUCAUCUCAUCUAGCUAGCAAUGGACCGGGUGACAAAGCUGGCUUCUCAGCGUGCGGUGGUCAUCUUCAGCACGAGCUCCUGCUGCAUGUGCCACACGGUGACGCGCCUGUUCCGCGAGCUCGGGGUGAACCCGACGGUGGUGGAGCUGGACCAGGACCCCAGGGGGAAGGAGAUGGACAAGGCACUGGCCAGGCUGCUGGGCCGCAACCCCGCGGUGCCGGCGGUGUUCAUCGGCGGCAGGCUCGUCGGCUCCACCGACAGGGUGAUGUCGCUUCACCUCAGCGGCAACCUCGUCCCGCUUCUGCGCAAUGCCGGCGCGCUCUGGGUGUAGCCGUGUAGCAUAUACUAUAUAUAUAUAGAGCUCCGGCGGCUGCUCUGAUGGAGUCACCUGUCCAUGCAUGCAUGCAUGCUUUCUAUCAGGAGACACACGGAGCAAAGUAGCAAUAAUUAAUUAAGCAGGCCUUUUUUCUGCACUGUAAUAAUGAUCUAUAUAUAGAGGGGUGAGUGUCGAAUCAGGGCCUUUUGCGCCGUAAUAUAAUACUAAUACAUAUACAUAUAUGCACUAUUGUACCUC